GCGGAUACACCGGCAAAGGGCACAGGAGGGGAUUUCCCUGACGACACCAAUGAUUUGCUGAUCCGGGUGCGGCGUCGGUGGAGGCGGGAACAGUUGUCUACGUCGGAAGGGAUCGCCUCAAAGCUGCUUGAAUUGAGGCGAGCGCUCUCAGGAUGGAGGAGGGAAGGCAAGGUGGAACGAAAAUCUACACGCUCAAAGGAGGCUCAUGAACCAAGAGCUGGAAGUUCUCGCAGGCGACUGGGUUUGUGUAGAAACAUCAAACUGGGCUGUUUCAAUGGGGAAGGUGAUGAAGAAGUUGUUGAGAAGGAACACCGCACUCAGGUGUCACCCACAUUGAGUUCUUUCACCAACUGGAGCCACUUACCAUUGGACAUAUUCGACAUCCUUUUGGAAGCCCUGGCAGAAGAGGGCGUGUCUAUAGGCAGUCUGAGGCUUGUGUGCAGAAAUUGGCAUGAGGGUUCGAACAUGGCGCUCAGGGCCCUGAGGCCAUCAAUGCCAGGGGACGUGAAGUGCAAGUCGCCUCAAGACCCACAUAGGCCCAUGCCUGUGCGCCAUCGGAUCAUGCAGAUGCUGGGCCGCAAGUCGGAUUACUUUGAUGUGGAUGGGGCUGUGAGGAGCCUGGUGUCGAAGUUUCAGAACGUGAGGAUCCUGGACUUGAGCCAUCCAAGCAUCCAACUGAGUGACAAUGCCCUGAGUAGCCUAUUGGGCAUCACUACCCUGCAGCAUCUGAACCUCCGAUCAUGCAAAGCACUGACAGACGCCAGAUUGCAGUCCCUUGGGAAGUUGAAGUCUCUGGAGCAUCUGAAUCUGUCCUAUUGCAGGGCGAUCACGAACAUUGGCCUUGCGACCAUCUCGUCCCUGGGCCGCCUCCUGCACUUGAACAUGGAGAGGUGUGCAAGGCUGACAGAUGAUGGACUGGCGUACCUGGAAGGCAUGUCGAACCUGUCAGAGCUUGUGCUGAAGGAUUGUUGGCGGAUCACGAACUCGGGAAUCCUGCACCUGACUAAUCUAGACGGCCUCAACCAGCUGAGCCUGGAGCACUGUUUUAGGAUCACUGAUCCAGGCAUCUCCAUGCUGAGCUCUCUGUCACAGCUGUCUCACCUCAACUUGAAAGACUGCUGGGGAAUAACUGAUGCAGGGCUUAUGGCAUGCACAACCCUCACAAACCUCAGGCACCUCAAUCUGGAGCACUGCUUCAGGGUAACAGAUGGGGGCUUGGAGGCCAUCACCACGUUCAAAAACCUGACACACCUAAACUUGAAGGACUGCUGGGGCGUGACGGAUUUUGGGCUUCUUUUGGUGACCGCUUUCACUUCGCUCGAGUGUCUCAACCUGCAGCAUUGCUUCAGAAUAUCAGAUGCAGGCCUCUCCUGCCUUGAGAAAUUGCACCGGUUGAGAUACCUGAAUUUGAAGGAUUGCUGGGCGAUAACAGACGCAGGGUUAGCGUCCUUCUCUGGUUUGCAGUGCCUGACCCACCUCAGCCUUGAGCAUUGCUUCCGGGUGAGUGACGCAGGCUUGACGGCGCUGGAGAGCCUGUCACAGCUGGUGUACUUGUCACUGAAGGAUUGUUGGGGAAUCACGGACGUGGGCAUUGAAGCGAUCGUCGACUUUCCCUCCUUGAAGCAACUCAAUGUUAAGAACAAUUUUCGGGUUACCAGUCUGGGCUUGGAAAAGCUGCAAGCUUCUAAGGGUUUGGACAUAAUUGUUUAG